GGCGGGACGGGGGCGCCCCGCUCGGCGCUGCCGCCGGGGAUUCCCCCGGGUGGGCGUCGGGGGAAGUCCCGGGGCCCGCGGCUACAAAGAGGGCAGCGCCGCGCGCCGCGCUCCCCACUCGGCAGCGCCCAGCCAUGGCCUGCGCCCCCCGGCGCGCGCCCCCCGCUUCCCGGAGGCCCCCGCUGCUCCCGCUGGCCCUGGCCGCGCUCUGGCUGCCCCUGGCAGCCGGCGGCCCGGCGCCCGCCGUGCGGGAGGUGACCGUGGCCUGCGCCGCGGACGUGGCCUUGCCCUGCACCGCCCCCCGGGACCCGCGGGGGUCCUACUCCGUCUCCUGGGCCAAGCUGGAGAAGGACGGUGAGGAGAGGAUGGAACACCGGCAGGGAGCACCGGCCCACACUCAGCAGCAGCAGGAGUCUGUGGAGGCUCCUGGGGAAAGUCUGUAUUUUCUAAAGAUCCGAAAUGCUACAGGCUGUGACUCGGGCACCUACCGAUGCACCCUGGAGGAACGCGACGGGCCAAGGAACCGGAGUGGCACGGUGACCUUGAGAGUGACAGGAUGCCCCAAGGAACACAGAGAAGAGAAUUUUAACAAGUACAGAGCUGACAUAAUCCUGCUGGUGGUGCUGGUCAUCUUCUACCUAACGCUCAUCAUUUUCACCUGUAAGUUUGCACGCCAUCAGAGUAUUUUUCCAGAUUUUUCUAAACCUGCCGUGGAACAGGGUUUUCUCCCUGUCACCUCCACAAAUAAGCAUCAGGAACCAGUGACAUCCUUCAAGGUAGAACCAGUCUGAGAAGGAUUUCUGCAGGUACCUCUGUGCUACAGCGGACAUGAGAGGACUGAAUGCCACAUUGAAAAUGGAAGACCUCCGUUGAUGCCCUUUACCCGAACAUCUGCUCAUCCCACCCUCUGUGGGCGGGGUCCUGGAAGUCAUUUCCCAGACCACAUACGCUGUGACUACCUGUAGGGGUCACUGAAGAACUGCUUCUUCAGUCUACCUGCAUAGCCUUCAGUUAGUCAUCUGGUCAACCUCAUGGAGAUUUCUUCAGCCCUUGAAAAAGCUUCGGAAUGGGGAAAGGGUCUUGGUGGGAAAUAUGACACCCCCCUCCAGAGUUGGCCCUGGGACAGAUUCAUGAGGACGCUUCUCCCUUUCCACAUCUGGGAACCAUCUCUUUGAAUUUGCUGUGUUUACUUGGACUAGCCCAGAUGUUUUAUGUCUGGGAGAAGCUAACAGGACAAGCUGUGAGACAGUGGGAAAUAUUUAGCAAAUAAUUUCCUGGUGUGAAGGCUCUGUGAUGACUAAGGAGUAUUAUGUGUUUGCAGAAAUAACAGGUCAAUGAAUUGCUCCCCAGCAGGGCUUUUUCUUGGGGGGAAAGACAUCCAUCAAGAAAAGUGCCACAUUUAUUUUGCUAUCAGAUAUACUCGACAAAGAAGUAUGUGUGCUUUUUCUCCUUUGGAAACCAACACCUCUGGAGAGAUAUCUAACUGACAGGCACCCUGGCUGUGGAGAAGAGAUGCUGGAGAGGCUAACAACAGGAUCAAGAACAAUGUUGAGUUGAUGAGGAUGCUGGACUAAUCACGUGAUCUGAGUUUUCCCUCAGAUUGUUCCACUACCUAGAGGUCUGAGCUUGGCCCUUCAUAGUUCUGUUUUAUGAGCUAUAAACCAAGUUCUUUAUGGUUCUAUUUUCUGAACUGUUCAAGCCAAACAUGGGUUGAAAAGAUGGUAUAUGAAAAUUCUUCAAAAAAGUAUAAAAGCACUAUUUGAAAUUCCAUCGAGUAAUUAUUUUUACUUU